AUGCGAUCUCAACAAAAUGAAGUUCAACAAAUUUAUAACAUCAUACCUCAAAUUGAUUCUGAAUUUCUUUCACAAAUACAUCAAAUUAUUAUUAACGUAAUUAAUCAUACAAAAGAAGAAGAGCUAGUUGAGUUAAUGCAAAAUCUAAAAGGAAAACAUAAAAAUGAAAUCAUCUCAGUUUACUUUCAAAAGAAAGCCCUUGAAUUUAUCACAGAUUCCAAAUGCAAAUCUAAAAUUGGUAAACCGAAAAUUAUCAAAGAGUAA